GUCAGAAGUGUGUGUGUGUGUGUGUUAGUGUGUGUGGAGGCUGAGCUGAGGACAGAAAGUGUGUGUGUCAGUGUGUGUGUGGAGGCCGACCUGUGAACAGUCACCCCGCUGCUGUUGGAGGGCAAAGUUUACAGAUCUGCUCCCGGUAAAACCAGCGCGAUCCUGCCGCAAAACACACACCGACAGCCGGACUCAUGCAGCAUGUAAACCCGGCCUGAGGACCGCUGAGAGCCCGGUGUGUCCCUCUCUGAUCAGGUCAGAUCUGAUAGCCCGGUGUCUCCCUCUCUCUGAUCCGGACCUCUUCUCCCGGGGUGUCUCCCUCUCUCUGAUCCGGACCUCUUCUCCCGGGGUGUCUCUCUCUCUCUCUGAUCCGGGACCAUGGGGGGUAGCCUUGGCUGUCACCGGUCCAUCCCCCGGGACCCCACGGAUUUCAGCUGCGGGAAACGUAAAUUCAGCGCCGCCUGUAACUUCGGGCCGGUUCUGGUGAACCAGGAGCGGCUGAACAUCAACACUGCGACCGAGGAGGAGUUGAUGACUCUGCCGGGGGUGAACCGGGCCGUGGCGCAGAACAUCACGGAGUACCGGGACUGCAUCGGGGGGUUUAGAAAGGUGGAGGAUCUGGCUUUAGUGAGCGGGAUCGGAGCCACCAAACUGGAGAUUAUAAAGCUGGAGAUCUGUGUUUCUAGUCGGACUGGUUCCUCGCAACACUCCCCGUCCUCCGUGCGUAAAGACGCGGAACACACGCCUGGCUCCGGGAUCAACAUCAACACCGCGACCCCGGCGCAGCUGCAGAGCCUCCGGGGAAUCACGGAGAGGAUCGCGGGGAACAUCGCGGCCUACCGGGGGGAACACGGUCCCUUCCGGAGCAUCGAGGACUUGGUUCGGGUGAAAAACAUCAACAGUUCUCUGUUAGACCGGAUCCGUUUCCAGGUGUUUGUGGAGAGGUCCAGAGCUCCGUCUACCUCCAGGUCUCACCCGAGCCCGACCUCCUUCAGCAGCGAGGAGAUGGAUCCAGGAGGACCGGCUCACAUGCUCUCAUCGAGGCCGGACUUGGAGCCUCUUUCCGGGCUGCGGGACGGGAAGCCGGUGGUCCGGAUUGGAACCUGGAGCCUGCAGAGCUGCUGCUGCGAUAAGGCCAACAACCCGGGGGUCAAAGAGGUGGUCUGCAUGACCCUGCUGGAGAACGAUGUGAAGCUGCUGGCGGUUCAGGACCUGACGGAGAGAGAAGCUCUGGACAAGUUCUGUUUGGAGUUAAAUCAGGGAACGCUGCCCAGCGUGAGGAAGUGGAAACGACCUCGAGGGCUUUGGAAGAGUUUGGUGUCUGAAAAACCCACCGCUCAAUCCAGCAAGGGAGUGAGUUUCUCCGGCUUCCUGUGGGACUCUUCGUCGGGAAUCGAGCUGAGAGACGCCGCCAUCUUGGAGUCUCCGGUCACCAACGGCAACGGGAAUCCCCCCCACUGUCGACCCUACCUCGCCCACUUCACUGUGGGAUCCUACGACCUGACGCUGCUGAACGUUCACCUGCAGAGCGUCGCUUCUUCAGAAUCAAACGGGAGGAAUCUUCACAUCGAGGACACAAAGAGUUUCCCCCCCGCUCUGCAGGACACACUCAGAGGCGAGAAGGAGCUGGUGGUUCUGGGAGAUUUUGGCUCCUCCCCCCCCUCACAGCUGGAGGUCCUGAGGAGGGAGAAGCUCUCCCCCCUGCUGAGCUCCUCCACCUUCACGAACAUCAGCACCUCCUGCCCUCAGGGCUCCGGCUGCUUGGACAACAUCUGGCUGAGCCGCUCCCUCAGGAAGAUCUACUCAGGUCACUUCCUGGUGGUGAGGGAGGGUCUGACUAAUCCCUGGAUCCCUGAUAACUGGUCGUGGGGAGGAGUCGCCUCUGAUCACUGCCCCCUGGUGGCUGAGUUUUACACCGAAGUUUCCCCAAAAGAACUGAGCCGACCGAGCAUCGUGGAGCGAGACAUCGUGCCCAAACACGAGAGGUGAGGAAGAGGAGAGGAGGAGGAGGAGGAAGAAGACUCUGAGAGGAAGACUGAUGAAGACUCUGAUUGUGAUGAAGAGCCGCGUUGCCUUUGGGGUUUGUAUUGAUCAGUGUGAUAGAAACUGGUCGUAGAGCCAUAACAGACUUAAUAUAUUAAUAUAUAACGUUCUUACAAAAUGUUCUUUAGCAGAAAUGUGCCAAACGUUUUCUAUGUGUAAAUAAAGAGAAUUAAUACUU